UACAUCCACGUACACACACACAUACAUAUACAUAUAUAUAUAUAUUUAUAUUUAUAUAGAGAGUGCAUACAGACAUUGUUGGUUGGUAUUUGUAGUUGAGAUCUAGCACGGCGUUUCAUUCGUGUGGCCCCGAAAAAGAUGGCCGCCACGACAGCGUACGGUGGUGAUGUUGACGUCGUUCAUGGUAUAACCCGCGUCCAAUUUACCAUUAUUAUUUAAUAAUGUGUAUCAGUUUGUUUAAAUAUUAAUAGUGACAUUUGUUAAUAGAUUUAUUAAAUGUGCUGUGUUUUAUUGAUACGAUAACAACAUUUAUACAUUUAUGUGGAUUUAUUAAAUUCAACUUUAACACCAGUGAGGAUUUUUAGUGAGGGUGAAGGAAAGCACGACAGUGAGAUACUUUCGCCCUAUCGAAAGUUCGUGUCAACGGACGGCCAUAUUAAUCUGGAGCUCCGCCGUCAUCGGAGUUUCGGCGGUGCUAAAGAGUGAGAGAAAAGACCCAGUUGGGAAAAAAAUACAUAUAUAUAUAUAUGAGUUUAAUAUAAAUAUAAUGUCGAGGUGUAAUAUAAUAUAUAUAUAAAUAUAUUGAUGGUUUGACAGAUAGACGUCCGAGAUGGAAAAAUAGAGCUCGUAGAUUGGAUAAUAUUUAUUAUUAUCAUUAUUGUGGAUGUGUAUACAUUUUUGUUAAAGUGUUUGGUGUUUUAAAUUGAUGAGUGAAAAAUAAAAUGUACAGCAAUAAAAUUUUAUAAAAUGAAAACGGGAACGUGACGACGAAACGUAGACGAUGGUGGCGGCGAGAAAAAAAUGUCUCUUGUUUUUAAAAAUUUACUCUCGCCAAUAAAACUCCGGCUGUUUUUCUCGAUAAUAUAUGUGUUGAGUUAUCAAGGCUAUCAGAGUUUAUGAGUAUUUUCAAAGUUCGAGUGGCCAAGGAGGUGGAGUUGGCGAAGGUCUACAGAGGGUUGAAACUCAAAGAAGAAAUAAGUUUGGAAAAAAAAGUACUGUGAGUUACGUAAGAAAGAUAGGAUACUAUUGGUUAUAGGAAAUACUUAUUGGCAGCCUGGGGUCUCGGGGGAGAACAUAGCUGGCGUUUGACAUUUAAGCGUAGUUGCUGAUGUCCGCCACGAGACCUGUCACUGUAGCUCCUGGACGGUGCUCGCGGCCACGAGACACACCGGGUUCGACAACUAUAAACUUUAAAAACAAUCACGCUGUAUCGUCAACAGAGUCAAGGCUGCUGCCGCCAUUGCUGGGGCCGUGCCACAGCUAUUAUUGGUUAAUUACAACUAUAAUAUCCCCAACAUUAUUUAAAUUAUUUAAUAAUAAUAAUUAUCACGAAGUACAGUCGCUGACACACUUGAAUUGCAUACGAUACGACUCUGAAUGUCUUCGCACAUCCAAAAGUCGUGCGUGGGGCUCGAAGCUACUUUAAGUGACAGCAAAAAAAAGUACGGCGACAAGGUGGGUGCACUUCUGUCUGCCUGGGAGCAUGUCACCAACUUCAUUUCUACGGCAAGCCCAGAGGCCACCCAGUCUCUUAUAGAAUGGGUCCACAAGCACACGUUGACAUUGGUAUUGCGCGGGGAGUGGCCAAAGCUGUCACCUGCUACAAAAACACACCUCAGCGUAACGUUGCAGAGGUGUGUGAGUCACCUGGUGCACCAUCCGGUUGCGUCGAGGUGCACAGCCCUCGUCGCGUUGGUACACAAUCCUUGGGCUCAUCCAGCACUCGACCGAAUACUCAAUGGCCAACCAGAUCCUGAACAUGAAGAAGAAUUUUGUUGCUCGGAAAAAGGUGAAUUAUUAACAAUGCGGUUAAAAAUUCUCUGUGAAGAUCGCUGUGAGGAUAUCGCAGUAAAUCUUGCAGCAGCUUGUGUCCGUAGUUUGCGAAGAAGUGAUCGAUUACGUUCAUUGUCAGAUUUACAACAUGUUCACUUUAUGAUUGACGUAUACAUUGUCCUGUUGUACAAAUUAAAACGCACGCAAGAUAUAUUCGCUCAAUUAAAAUCAAUGGACCUAAAUGAUGGAUUAGAACUAGUCCAAAGAUUAAGCGAGGAGAAACCAAUGAAAUAUGGUACUGCGCGUGUUUGGCGAAAUUCGAUAAAAGCCGCCGAAUUAGUUGCUCAGUAUCUUGUUACAGCGGGUAUGAUUAGGCCCGUUAAUGAAACUAGUGCAAGUAUUUUAGAACAAAUUCUUAAUUCCUGGGCGUGCUUACACGUUAAACUAAAGGCUACUGAUCCAAAUCUCCCGGGUAUGAUUAGAAAAUUAAUAGAACCUGCUGAAAGUGCACAGCAUAUUUAUUUAUUCUGUGCUGUUUUAUUAAAACAUUUUGGAGAUAGUAUUAAACCAUUGACUAUUGAAUUAUACAUAAGAGCACUAACAGCAGAUAUGAAUGAACUGGAGACACAAAAAAUAAAGCUUGAUAAUGACAAUGUACGUGAAACUGCAAAACGUUUGAGUAUUCAGUUUUUAAAAUUAGCAGAUGUUGUUAAUAAUAAUAUUGGUAUUGCACGUGAGUGCGUAUUAACGGCAUUUUCGUUGCAUCCAACGCGCAAUUGUUACGAUAAAAUUUGUGAAUUGGCAAUAGCUUGUGGUAAAGUAACUCGACAAGAGAGUCAACCGCAAACUCAAACUCUUGAUGAAGAGACUAAAGAAAAUGAAAGAUUGACAUCACCAACAACAACAACAACAACAACAACUACCACAACUAGUUCAAAUAAAAUGGACGACAACGCUCAAUCAGAUAAUAAUAAAAAACUAAAUACUACUGCUGAUAAAUCAAGUGAAUCACCAUUUAAAAAUAACACAAGUGAUAUUAAAGCAGAGCCAAAGGAUAACAACAGUAAACAAGAAUCACAAAAUUAUAAUAAUAAAUGUACAGAUGUGUUGUUAAAAAAAUUAUUGACUGCACCUGUUAAGUGUUGUCAUUCAAAUUCGAGUAAUAAUUCAAUUAAAAAACAAGAUAAUAAUAAGUGUGUUGUUAAUAUUAAAAAAGAGCCAAACAGUGGGGGUUCAUUGGAUGAAAUAUGUUUUAAUUGUAAUAAUUAUGAGGGAAUGGAUGUCGAUAGUAAUACUAAUAAUAGUAUCAGUAAUAAUAAUAGUAGUAGUAGUAAUAGUGGUAAUAAUAAUAUUAAAAAAAAGUCUUCUACUGAGAGUCAAGGUGGUAGUAAUAAUAGUGCUGUUGUUAAUAAAGAUCAUCGUACAUUAGAUGCAUUGAUACUUAUUAAAGGAGAAGUUGUUACCGGUUCGGCAAAUUAUGACGAAAAAUCAGUGCCAAAUCAAAUUUUGGAUGCCGAACAAUUGGGACUGACGCCUCAAUUGUGCGAUGAUUUAGCUGUCGUACUGAGUAGUCCGCGUUACCACAUGCUGAGUUGGGUGUCAGAUUGGAAUGAACUGAGUGCACUUUGUGAGCGAUAUUUGGAAAAUGCUGAAGAAAUGCGUCAUACAAAUAAAGAACUAAAGUAUCUUAAUAUCGACUACUCGCAAUUUAAAGAUUGGCCAUCGGAAGAUGACAGCAAGGAUGUUUUUUUUGGUAUUGAAAAGGGUUACGAGCAGUGGGCAGACAUACCUUCAGAUAACUCGGAGCAGUAUGGAAGUUUUCAACCAGCUGGCUCUUAUAAAAGGACUUCCACAAGACGAAGCUUGGAUGACAGCUCUGACUCAGACAGCGGUAGUGUUUUACGGGUACGUAGAACUGCCAGACAACGUAAAGUUCAUCGGUUGAUAUCUUCUGAGAGCGAUUAUGACAGUGGUAGUGGUGUUAAAUCAACGGGUAAUAAACAUUAUCGUAAUAAUAAUUACAAUCAUAAUCACAAUAGAACAAGAAAAUCAAGUUGCGUGUCUGAUACCGAGGAUACCAACACUCAGGACAGUCAGACAGACAGUUUAGGAAGUGAUGGAUGUCGGCAGGAUAAUAAAAUAAAUAAUAAACCGUGCAAUAAUAAAGACUUAACUAAACGUGGUGGUAACAGUGGAGCCAGUGGGGGUAUUGGUAUCGUAAAUAAUGCAAAUAGUGUUGGUAAAUCUAAAUUAACAGUUGAUACGGUAUCGCAUUUUCAUAUGCUUGUAAAUGAAAAUAUACGUCAUACUGCAACGACAGUAACGAGUGGUGUCGGCAGCGAGGAUGUAAGUGGAUCAGAUGUUAGUAGUAAUGAUAUAAUAACAUUAUUUUCAGCAGAUCUUGAUGAAAAUAAACGUGAAACAAUAAAAGGUUCGGCUUUUACGGCUGUUGCACCGAUAAUAAUAACUAAAAAACGAAGUGAUCCGGCUGUUUUAAAAUCAUUAAGAAUGUUUCGCCCGCAAAACAGUAAAAAACCUACGAGAAUAACCCAAUUGGUAACUAAAAAUAUUUUAAAUAAUAAUAAUAAUAAAAGUAAUAACAAUAAUAAAGACAAUGUUACGAACAAUAUCAGUGGUAAUAACAAUAAUAACAAUAAUACUGGUGGUAAAAAUGUUGGUGUCGGUAAUAAUAUUACAAAAUUUGCUCCACUACUGAGUACACUUAAUUUAAAUCCUAAAAUAAUACUAACACGUAACGAUGAGAUUGAUAAAAAAUUAGAACAAACGAGAAUUAAAAAACAACCGGGAGUAUUGAGUGCCGGUGAUUUAUCAAGUGAGCUUAUAAAUAUACAAAAGAAAAUGCCAUUUGCGCACAAAAAUUCAAUUGGCUCUUAUCAUAAGCAUACUAAAAGUGAUCAUCAUAAUCAUAAUCAUCAUCAUAAUCACAAUCACCAUAAUAACAAUAAUAAUAAUAAUCAUCAUCAUCACCACCACCAUCAUCAUCAUCAUCAUCAUCAGCAUUCGAGUGAUAAAAAUAACAAAAGUCCACGUGGACGUAAACCAAUUAAAUCUAAUAAUAAUAAUAUUAAUAAUAAUAUAGGAAAAAAUAAUAAUUAUGAUAUACUAGCUAAAGCAGUUCGUGAUUCCGAUAUACUGGCUCAAACAGUUCCAGGUUUAAAUACAUUGGAUAUGAUGGUACCGCCACGUGUGCAGUCAACAGUUAAUGUUGUGCAAAUAUCACGUAACAUUCCGCAGAGUCCGAAUUCUGGAUCGGUUAAUAGUGGGAACACACCGCCGCGAAAUCGUACCUCGAGUAUGGCUGGCAGUAUAAUACAAUUACCGGGUACACCGUCAUCGGGUGGCCAUGAUAGCGGGGUUGGAAUGAGUCCAGCCGGACAAACACCCCCGCCUACACGUACCUCAGUACUUCAUGAUGUCGGUGAAGAGGCUAAUCAACCGCCUGACACAUCACCAACAAGUUCAACAAAUGCGUCGACAACUGAACCAGACAGUCCUCAUGCCAUGAGUAAUAAUGUUAAUAAUAAUAAUAACAAUAAUAAUAGUAGUAGUAAUAAUAAUAAUAAUAAUAAUAAUCAACGGGUAAUAAGUCGUAAUGAUUCACCAAAUAAAUCACCAUCGCCUUCAGCAACAACCACAACAACAACAAUAACAUCAACAGCUGCUACAACAACAACAGUACCAAUUACCACAGAACAAUUACAAAUUGUUUGUAAACCUGAUGGUACUUAUCAGCUGGCGACAAUUAAUCCAAAUGCUAUAACAACGGGACAAAGAAAUUUAUUAACGUUACAAAAUUUAGAUGAUGAUGCUGUUGGUUUUACGAGACACAUUCAACGAGUGUCUGAAUCCUCAACUGGUAAUGGAUCUAAUAAUAGAAGCAAUACUUAUGAAAGACAGCCUGUUAAAGUUUCUCAGCAACAGCAACAGCAACAGCAACAGCAACAGCAACAGCAACAGCAGCAGCAGCAAAAUACAGGAUUACCAAAAUUUCAACAGGCUUUUGGUAAAACAAUUUAUACACAAUCAACUGAUACGACGACUGUUGCGACUUCGUCGACAACUGAAACAAUAACCCAGCCAAUGAGUAGUAUUCAGAAAACGUCAAAUUUAUCAAAAGCUGUACAAACAUCUGUAUUAAAUAGUCAAAGUAGUGUUAGUGCUGGUGGUAGUAAUAGUGGUCUUAGUGUACAGUCAAUAACAAACAUUCCAAAUCUUCAAUUGUCAUCAUCAGGUGGCAGACAGAUACUUAAUAUUGUACAGAGCACUGGUGGCAAUAAUACAAAUGUUAAUACUCCAAAUGCUAGUCAAACAAUAACUCAACUUGUUCAAAAUGCUUCACAAGGUGUUAUUUAUACAACGCACAAAAUACCUGUCACUAUUACGACAACAGCAAAUCCUAGUCAGUUGAACAUCAUUCCGGCUAUAUCCCACGCUAACUCCCUACCAGGUGGUAGGCCACCAGUUGUCAAAUUAAAUAUCAUAAGAACUCCACUGAGACAGCAGAAUCUUGCUGAAGUAAUACAGGCUACUUUGAAUGCUUCAAGACUUCAGCAGCAAAAUUCACAGCAGCAACAGCAGCAGCAGCAGCAGCAACAACAACAGCAGCAACAACAACAGCAACAAAGACAGACGACAGUUAGAACGGACACUCUAUUGAAUUCACCAAUUGAAGUACCAAACCAGGUGAGCUCAACGACACUUGAGCAAUUGCGUGAAUUUGAAAGUGUACUUGAGCAGGUAAAAGAACGCAGUACCAUUCAACCUCAGCUUCAAUCAACUUCCAAUACCACUACCACCACAACUGUUCAAACGCAAACGACAAGUCAGCAAACUCAAGCUAAACAACAGCAUCAACAAACUGCUGUAUCGGCUUUAGCUCAACAGCUUCUUAUUUCAUCUCAAACUUCAACAAACGCCGAGUUUACAACCAGCAAUGGUGGCAAUAAUAAUAAUACUACGACGUUUCAACAGCAAGAUGUAUUUCCGCAAAAAGUUUCUCUCACUUACGUAAAUCAAACAGCACCGACUACUCCGCAAAAAAGUACCAGCACUGCAACGACACCAGUAGUUGUGGUAACGAGUUAUUGUCAACCAGCAGCUUCACCAGCACUCAGUGUCACUUCACAGAGUUCUUCAAGUCCUUGUGUUACUCCAGCUCCAGCAUCUGUUCCUUCUGCUGGUAAAACACCACCGACACCUUCACCAAAAAGUUCGAAAAAGUCGGCGCCUAAAAAUGUCAAAACAAAUACGUCAAGUAAUGCAUCAAAGUCAUCACCAAUUCCAAAACCACAGCAAAAACCUCAAGAAGAUGAACAAACGGCACAACGUAUCUACACAAUUCUUGCCGAGUAUGCGGAGCAGUUGAGAAAUUCACCGGAUUUAAAUAACAAACCGGCACCUAGAAGACGGUCUAAUCCGCCGACAAAUCCAAGUCAGUCAUCAAAACGAAAAAAAUCUGGUGGUAAAUCAAGUAAACCUUCUGGUGGACAGCAAUCGUCGGAAAUGAGUCCCAGUGCUGAUGACUUGGGUCGGACAAUGGGCAGUGAAGAUUCAUCAAGUGGCAUCGCUCUUGUACAAGACAGUCCGGCUGGUUUUUCAGGACAAGAUGAACCAUCAACAGCUUCAAAUCUCGACUCACAAUCUGAAACCCGUAAUAAUUUAACAACUUCUGAUUCAAAUGACGGAGUUGAAGUUAACGUCAAAAGACGCAAUUUAAUAUUUACUGAACCUACCAGUGGGCAACAGAGAACGGUUAUUGUCCAAGAAACUAUGCCUUCGGGUACUGUUAACGUGAGCGAAGCAUUGGCAUCUGUUACAGGUAAAGUAAGUGGUACAGCAGUACUUGUACCCAGUGGUAAUUAUAUUUUACCAAUGAAUCUUGUAAAAAGUACACAACAAUUUACAAUAGUAUCGCGUGGGUCUAAAUUAUUGGCAACAGUACCGGCAGGGUUGGCAACAAGUGGUAACUCCGGUGUGUCAAAUGCUCUUGUAUUGCAGUCAUUUUUAAAUCAAGCUGGUAAAAUUAUUUCACAACAACCUGGACAAGUCAAACAAGUUAAGUUACCAAAUUUACAAACAAUAACUUCUAAUUCAACGGCUGCAACAACAACAACAACAACAUUAAAUACAACAUCUGUUGUCAUACCGCAACAAUCGACUAAUUCUUCAGCACAACAAUUUACAAAUAAUGACUCAACGUUGGACGUUAAAAAUGAGAAUGCAACUGAUGUUAUUAUCAAAAGUGAACCUGGUACUCCAGCUAUCAAUGACACAACAACACAAAAUACUAUUUUAGUUAAUAAAUCACCGGCAAUUGGUUUAUUGCAACGUAGUCUGAGUGAAAUUACUGAUACACAACAAUUUUGUGGUGUCAUAACAAGUAAUUCAAACUUAACACUGCAAGGUGCGAGGCUAUUUAAUUCAACAAUUGGUAAAUUAUCAACUUCUGGUGGUAGUAAGACUGAGAGUGUCGUUUGUUUGGCAUCAAAUGUUGGAGAUAAUGACAAAAAGCCGCUUAUUGAACAACUGCAGGCUGAUAAUAAGUCGGUAUCAAUGCACGGGGCAACAAUUGCUUUAGCGUUUGCAUCUCCAAGUGACGUAACGGCAUUAAACAAUACCAGUACGCAAAGUAAAUCAAUGCAGCAACAAGUAGCACAUAUUGUUCAGCAUAAAAACCGUGAAGCGGUGACAGAAUUAAUAACCAGCAGUAAAGUUAUAUCACCUAAAGCUGUUAAGAGAAAACUUGAAGAUCAUCAAGUGAUGUCGCCGGAAAAAAUUUCAAAAUCACUGAUUACUUCGCUUGUGUCGCCGAGUACAGUGACGUCAAUGCAAAAUCAUAUGAAGACUGAGUCGAUUUCGGUGGUAACUUCAAAGCAAAUGUCAAGUAUAGACAGUCCGAGUCAAUAUUUAGUGAGUACUGACGCUACUAGUGGAAGUUUGGAUGGCCAAGAAUCAACAUUGAGGCAAUCUGGUGAAAAUGAGGUUAAUUGUAAAGUAGGUAAUGGUGUUUUAUGUGGCAAUGCGAGACUACAAGAAGCCUGGGAACCAGAUGACAGAAAAUCAUCACCAGAUACACCAUGGAGAUACGUUCCUUCUCAAACAAAUCAAUUGACUAUUGAACCUCUUAAAGUUUACUCACGUGACGGUGAUAGUUCUGAAAAUGUACAAACUGUAUUGCAAAUUAUAAAUAAAGGCACCAGUCAGAGUAUAGAAAUGAAUAGCGGGCAAUUGUUUCAAAGUAAUACGACUAAAAAAUAUUUUAUAAAUCAUCUUGAGCCUUUUCAACAGUUUACAACUUCAAAUAAAAGUAAUAUUGUUGUUGCCAAUAAAAAUUCAAGUAAUAAUCCAAGACUGGAGCGUGAAUUAGCACAGCAGAGAAUUGAACGUAAUCGUGCGGCAAUGGAACGUGAAUUAAGAUUGCAAAAAAGUUUGUCCGAAGAGUGUGAAGAUUUAGGAGUUGACGAACCGAGCACUAGUGACUUAUUUCCAGAAGCCGAUUUACUGUUUGACACCAAUCAUUCCCCGUCAUUUGAUCAUCUGUCACAAGAUGCGUCGUGUAGUCAGCCAUUGGGCAUGAAAUUGUAUAACGCUUCCUCAUACUUUCGACCAUUAGAUUCGUCGAGUGGCAGUCGUGACACCAGUCCAGUUGCCAGUGUCGAAAUGAAAACGACUGAACGGAGAAAAAGUAUUUCGCAGCGCAAUAGAACCUCCAAGGACUCUGACCGACUGUCAAAAAGAUGUAAACGUGACAGGCAAGAUGACGAACUGAUUAAUCCACCGAAACAUUUAAGAUUAAGUCCAGAGAGUCAAGACGAUGGAUCUAAUAGUAAUUCAGAUUUAUCUCGACUCUCACCUCCGCAUUUACCGCUUAUGGAUAAUGAUUCAAAAGAUACAAUGUCUUUAAAAAAAAUGAUUUCACGUAAUGGUUCUAAAGAAGGAUCACCUACCAGCGUGUCUAGUAUUCCAUCAAAUAUUAAAUUAGACAUUGAUUUAGAUUCCGAGUCAUUACCACUUGGUUCAAAUGUUAACAAUACAAUUGGCAGUUCUGGUGAUGACAGUAUGACAUUGAUGGGUAGCAAUACCGCUGAUGUUACGAUACCGUCGCCACUGUCACCUAUCGCAGGACCUUUAUUAUCAACGCACAAGUACACAUAUACCAACAAAAAACGUGCGACAUCAAAAGUAUUACGCGCUGAGUAUUUAUCUUGGGAGAGUCCAAUAUCCGAGAGAACGAGAUCAAGUAGCGAUGACGAGGAUUCAAGUAUAAGUGAAUCUAUCAGUAGUCAGACUGAUGAUUUAAUUACCAAUGGGCUUGAUGACAGUUUACAAUUAAGUAGCAUUAAAAGUACUGCUUCUAAUAUUAACUCAACAACAACAACAACUAAUAGUAGUACGACUGUAGUUAAUGAUAGAUGUACUUAUUUAAAAAAAAAGGACAACACUAAAGUACACGGUAAUGCCAGAGUGGUAUUAAAUCGCGCAGAAUCUAAAAGUAUUAUUGGUAAACGUGGUAAAAGUGAAGGAAUGAACAAUGAAAUGGGUUUAAUGUCGAGUCAUGACAAAACAUCAGAACCAUCGGACGACGAAUCGUGCCAUACGACAUUGAUUGAACCCGACUGCCGUGCCAGGAGAUCUAGUUUACGAGGACACGUUAAAAAAGGAUGCGCUUGCUGCAAUGGAUCACCCGAGAGACCCAAGAAGAAACAAAGUGGUACUGGUGCUGGACAAACUGGUAACUCUGGAGUUAAUGCCACAGGUACCGGUGCUACUAGUGGAGGCGGUAAAAUAUUGGAGCACAAACUCAAGAAGAAAUUGGUUAAAUCACUUGGAAAAAAGAGGUAGUCUUAGCGAUUGUAUUCUUGCUUAUUUAUUAUUAAAUGUAUUUAAUUAAAGUGUACGGUAUUUGUAAAUUUAUUGAAGAAAAAUUUUAAAAAGUAAUAUUUAAAUAUUAUAAUUAUUAAAAAAAUAAAUAAUAAUAAAAAUAAAAAAAAAACGCUUAAGGGCAAUUGCCAUGUGUUUAGUAAUAUUUAAAUAAAUGAUGAUUGAUUAAAUGCGACCAAAGCGGCUAAUGCCAAUUAUCAUAAUGAGAAAAUAAUUAAAUAAUAAUGAUAAUGAAUAAAAAGAAAGAUUAAGAGAGAAAAUAAUGAGUGGAUGAGAUAAUUUUACAGUGAAUACAGUAGUAGCUUAAUAACAGAUUCUUGCUAAUCUUUAUUAAUUAAUUUAUUUAUUAUGAUAAUUAUUAUUAUUAUUAUUAUUAAUAUUAUUAUUAUGAAUUAAUGAUGAUGAUAAUGUAAAUAAUAGUAUGCUUGAUCAGUGUAUAGCAGGCUUCACUUAUCCAGAUUUAGUUUGGAACGAGGCAACAACCUGUAGUUAAUAUUCAUUAAUAUUUAAUUAUUCUUAUUAUUACUAUUACUAAUUAAUUGAUUAUUAUUAUUAUUAUUAUUAUUAUUAUUAUUAUUAUUAUUAUUAUUAUUAUUAUUAUUAUUAUUAUUACAUUUAAGUAUAAAUAGUAAGACGAAAAUUUAUUAUUAGAUUAUCUUUAUUGAUUAAUAAAUAAAUUAAUUAAUAUAGUAGAUUCAAAUUCUAAUUGUAGUCGAUCAUUUAAUAAAAAUAAAAAAAAAUAAAAAUACAAAAAAAAAAUUAAAUAAAGUAAAUUUAUAUUUAAAUUAUAGAUUUAUAUCUUUUAAGAGACACUGAAGAAAAAAAAACCGCAAUCUAGUCAACUGGUUGGAACUCUAGUUGAGAGUUUAUUAAUGAAUGAGUAAAUAAAUAAAUUGAAUAUAAAAUAUAUGAUA